UCUUUGUGUGCUUAAUGGGAUGGCCAUAUUAAAGUUUCAUGUGGCUUUAACAUCUGCAUAUUGUUUGCAUUUAUCAGUUGGGGAUGUCAGGAAAGACUGGAUAUGAGUCGAGGUGCCUAAUAGAAGCUUUGGAUAGGGAUCUGGAGAACUGAGUUUAGAUGCCAUCACCAUCUCCAAUUUCUCAAGUAGCAUGAGGCAAGUCACUUACUUCUCCCUGGGCCUCAGUUUUCUCAGGUGUAAAAACAGGACCUGGAUGAUACCAGGUUCUUUCUACUUUUGAAGAUAGCAGGUUUCCAAAGAAUAAACGUUGACCUGUGAACAAAUACCUAAGUGAGUAAUGGAGCAGAGCAUUAGGAAUUGGGAAAUGAGACAAGCUGGGGUUGAGCUCUAUUCUCAGGAUGGACAGGGUUUGAAUAAUCUGGAACCAUCUCUGUUGAACACCAUGGAUAAAGACAGAGAAGUCAUGACCAGAAUCAGCUGAUGUUCACCUAGGAUAAACAGACAAGAAAAAUAAAAGCACCUACACUCAUCCCAACUCAAGACAACCACUGUUCUUACUCUGAAAUAUCUUUUUGUUCACGGGAAACAAGAUUAUCUUCUUAUCCGAAAAGAUGAAACCAACCGGGUUACUUUCAAAAGACAACCAAGUGACCACUGCAGACUAAUGAGUAGAAUCAAUAAGAACGUGAUUUUGGCGCUUUUAACUUUGACAAGUUCUGCAUUUCUGCUGUUUCAGUUGUACUACUACAAGCACUAUUUAUCAGCAAAGAAUGGAGCUGGUUUAUCAAAAUCCAAAGGAAGCCGAAUUGGAUUUGAUAGCAUACAGUGGCGUGCAGUUAAAAAAUUUAUUAUGCUAACAUCCAGCCAAAAUGUACCCGUGUUCCUUAUUGAUCCUUUGCUUCUGGAAUUGAUUAAUAAAAACCUUGAACAAGUCAAAAAUACUUCUCAUGGCUCCACUUCAGGAUGCAACUUUUUCUGUGUUCCAAGAGACUUUACUGCAUUUGCACUACAGUAUCACCUAUGGAAGAAUGAGGAAGGCUGGUUUCAGAUAGCUGAAAAUAUGGGAUUUCAGUGCCUAAAGAUUGAGAGCAAAGAUCCCCGGCUAGAUGGGAUAGACUCACUUUCUGGGACCGAAAUCCCCCUGCACUAUAUCUGCAAGUUGGCUACUCAUGCCAUCCACUUGGUGGUCUUUCACGAGAGGAGUGGCAACUACCUCUGGCAUGGCCAUCUACGACUCAAAGGACACAUUGACAGGAAAUUUAUUCCUUUUCGAAAGUUACAGUUUGGUCGUUAUGCGGGAGCUUUUGACAGGCCAGAGUUACAACAAAUUACUGUUGAUGGACUAGAAGUUCUUAUUCCAAAAGAUCCAGCGCACUUUCUAGAAGAAGUACCACACUCUAGAUUUAUUGAGUGUAGGUAUAAAGAAGCUCGAGCAUUCUUUCAGCAGUACCUUGAUGAUAACACUGUGGAAGCCGUGGCCUUUCGGAAGAGGGCGAAGGAAUUGUUGCAACUCGCAGCCAGAACAUUAAAGAAAUUGGGAGUACGGUUCUGGCUGAGCAGUGGAACUUGUUUAGGAUGGUAUCGGCAGUGCAGUAUUAUUCCUUAUAGUAAAGAUGUUGACUUAGGAAUUUUUAUACAAGAUUACAAAUCUAAUAUUAUUUCAGCAUUUCAGGAUGCAGGACUUCCACUCAAACACAAAUUUGGGAAGGUAGAAGACAGCUUGGAACUCUCUUUCCAGGGAAAAGAUGACAUAAAACUUGACAUUUUUUUCUUCUAUGAAGAGACUGACCAUAUGUGGAAUGGAGGCACUCAGGCCAAAACAGGAAAAAAAUUUAAAUACCUGUUUCCCAAGUUCACGCUGUGCUGGACUGAGUUUGUAGACAUGAAGGUUCAUGUGCCCUGUGAAACCAUCGAGUACAUUGAAGCCAACUAUGGUAAGACCUGGAGGACUCCCGUGAAGACGUGGGACUGGAAACGCUCUCCCCCCAACGUGCAGCCCAAUGGGAUCUGGCCUGUUUCGGAGUGGGAUGAGGUUAUCCAGUUAUACUGAGACAGUAGGUUGGAACAGUAGAAUUCCCCUCCUGAAAAACAGACGGAUAACUAUUUGAAAAGAUGUAUGUCUAUUUGUCAAACAUAAGUAGGAGCCAAAGAAAAAUGACAAGUUUGAAGACACAGAAAGAGUCCUAACUCCUGAACUGUCUGAUUUAAUUCUCUCCCUUUACAUUUAUUCAGGAGUCUCCAUGUGCCAGGUACAGUUGCUAGUUGAGAGUGGCGAGCAGAGAUGAAUGAGACAGAUACUUGCCUCUUUCCUUGCUUUGCUUCCCUUUGGCAAGCACCGCAAUUUUCCUUUGAGGGAAACACCUUCACCCUUUGAAGAGCUCGUAUAGAAUCUGAUGUGUUCUGUAAGGGCUUUCAAAAUGUUAGUGUUUGGAAUAGAAGAUGGGCUAACCAGGCGAAAUUAAGUUCGGAUAUACUAGUUGAAAAGAAUAACUGUUCCUGUUCUCAGCACUUAAGCUUGUACAUUAGUGCUACUUUUAAGGUGUGGAGUCUGCGUUGAUACGCAGGUGAUCAAACUUUAGGUGGUAUUACGCAAUGAUGCUAGCAGAUUCCUUUCAUUUGCACCGUGACGUGGACUUGAUUUAGAGCAUCAUCCUAUAAGAGAAUGAGAGCUUGUUUCUGGCCUUGUCAAGGAGACCUAAAUGUCCUUAUACUUUCUAUUUUUAUGUUUGAAGUGAAUAGAAACCUUAUGUUUGUGUGACGCUUAAAUUGCCGGCCAUUGUGAGCAUAUUUUCCCUGACUUUUGAUAGUUCUUGUUGACAAAUCAUUCAAGUGAAACCAGGCCCACAGACAUGAUUUUGAACGGGUUGUCAUUUCAUAAAACUUACUUUCCUUGUUUCAUUCUCACCCAUCUGUUGAGUAAAAAUAUGAGCUACUCAUGGAUAUUUAAUGUUUUCUGAUUUAUAAUCCUUGCCCUCCCUAUUUUAAUGUUAACACUAACAUAUUAAUAGAAAUACCUCUGAUUUUUCUAAAUGUACUCUUCAGUGUAUUCAUUCAUUAAUUACAGCUCCCCAUCUUUCAUUUAUGGGCCUAUAAACCAGUUUAAAUGGUAUGUAAGCCUACCUGUUCCAUUUUGUCUUCCAAUACUACAGCAAGUCUUCAGAAUGAAGAUGAAUGGCAACCCUGGCAACUGCGCCCCACCCACCCUCAUUCUGUUAGUAAAGUUGGCAUCUGUUCUUGUUCUACCUGUUGAAUAUCACUGGGGCAAGAACUCAGACUUCCCUACUUUAUCAAGUAUAACACAUUCUGAAACCCUCCAUUUUCCUUUUUCCCCACAAUACACAUCCCUGAGUGGGCUGGGAUGGCCUGUCUCCCCCAUCUCUUCAUGAAUCACUUUAAUUAUGUAUUCCAAGUGAAAAGUAAAGGGAUAUAUAGGCACACUAAGCACUUCUCUCUCUUUUUCUCUUUUUCUCUCUUUCUGUGUGUCUCUGUGUGUCUCUGUCUCUCUCUCUUUCUCUCUCUCUCAAAGGAAUCUAAAUGUUACAUUUUUUCUAGACUGUUUAGGACUACUUCUGGAACAGAUUGGCAGAUUUUCCUCCAAGACUAGAGAAUAACAGGAGUGUCACAAAUGGAAACCAGGAGGUCUGAGGAAAUGGGCUGACAGAGUUUUCUUAAAACAAAGUUAGGGUAGUAUGGUGAUUAUCAGAGGGGGAGGGGUGUGGGGAAGAUGAAGAGGGUAAAGGGGGUCAAAUAUAUAGUGAUGGAAGACUUUGGAUGGUGAGCACACAAUCGAACAUACAGAUGUUGUAUUAUAAAAUUGUAUACCUGAAACAUAUAAUAUUAUUAACCAGUUACUCCAAUAAAUUUAAUUUGAAAAAAAAAAACAGUUGGGGAAAGUAACUUACAGCCACUCCACUCCAAAUUUUAAAUACAAUGAAAACUUUUUUUGAUAAAUGAUAACCAAUGACCUUCCUCUCCUCGGGUAAACUUUCAAUGCCAUAAUCAUUGGGUCUUUUCAUAAGUAACGUAAUUGGGUUUUCAGGGACCUUUAUGGAUCACCAGGAAAUUUGUCCCCAAAUGACAAGCCAUGGUAAUUACCUUUCUCUUUGAUAGAAAAUCAGCCCGUGGAAAUCAUACCCAAAUUCUAAAUAGCUGGCCCUAAUUUUAUUUUUCAUGGUUGAAAAAAUAUAACAGAUAAUGUAAUAACAGUGUUCCUGGGCAAAAUCCACCAUGCUUAGUGAGGACCGUUGGCUUGUACACAGCAUUUAGAAGUGUGUACACACCAUUUCUAAUUGGGACUCCCACUGUUUGCUAGGGGUCUUACUCAUCCCUGGUUAGCUUGUUUCUCUUUUAUCUGUCCCUGGAACCCAAGGUCUUGAAGUGUUCAAAAUCUAAGAUGGCUUGACCCCAUCCUGCCCUACAGAGGUUCUACAUCCCGCAGGAAUUCCUUUCUCGACUGUCUUCUGGUGUCACAGGCUUCAGCUCUUUGGGUCCUGCCCUAACUUUUGGGGAAUGAAAGCUUUCCUCCAGACUCUGAAGUCCGAGCUCGUCUCUCGUACACAUUCAGCCGUAUUUCAGCCUGUGCUGCCGCACAGUUGAAUUCUGCUGAGUGUCCGGAGACCUGGGGGCAGGUAGGUCUACCAUCAGCACCUCAUCAGGUCAUUUUUCUUUCCUCACCUGAAUAUUCCAACAAUAAUUCUCCCAAUCCGAACACUUGUAGGUCCAGUUUGCCUGGAUUACUAGGAGAAAACCUCUCACAUUAAGAUUGGCAGGAUUUGCAACUGGUGGGCACUCAGUCCUUCUCUAAGCAGGGAGCACUUAGUCUUCUCUCCUCUCCUGCAGCUACUGACGUCCGGCCCUGGAAUAAAACUGCGGUUCCCAAAGUUGAGCAUCCCUAAGAAGCCCAGCAGUGGGAUAGCAGGCUCCAACCUUGAUUCCUUAGCUAGAAACCCCAAAAAAUGACCACUAGAUGGCAGAAUGUCUGCCACCGUCCCCCCAGAAAAUUACCUUGCUCUUGAAUCUUAAAAGCUAGAGGGGCUUCACUGCCACGUUCAUUCUAACACUCUUAUUUUAUAGCUAAAAAGAUAGGCCCAGAAAGGAGUGAUUUGAGCAAGAAAGAACUGAGGCUAAAACUCAGGAAUGCCAUGACCUCUGGCCCCGGGCCUGUUUCCCUGCAUCGCAGCACAGCGUCUUAACCCUGCUUUAGAUGCUUGACCAGGAAGCAUCCAGUGCCUCAGUUGGAUUAUGUUUCAGGGUAUUGCUGCUAUUCCCCACUGACUAUCUUCCUGGCAGAUGGAGAGCGUCAGGUGACAAAAGGGUCAAGGAGGAGGGUUUCUUUCUUGUCCAGAAUUCUUAGUCUGUCUUUUACCUUUAUCUGAAAAAUGCCUUAGCUUCGCAAGGUGAAAUAGUCUAUGUCUAGGGACAUCAGCCUUAGGUCAUGUCAUUCUUACUAUCCCGGAGUACCUGAUUUUCAAGAUGCUGCAUUACUCCUCUACUUCCGCAGUAAACAUUAGCGCCAAUCUGCUAAGUUUCCAUUUCUGAAGAGUCCCUCCUCUUCCUCUUUAUUGACAUUCUCUUAUGGGUACAAGUAGCUGAAAACAGACUGUGCUCAUUCCUUUUUUCCUUUGCGACCCCAAACCAUUGUUUCUAGUCUUACACAGCUGUCACACUUCGAAUGACACAUGGGACAGAGAGGUGAGAGACGUUACAUGGGAAAGCAGGGGGUUAUCGAUUGGGGACCACAGCAGCAUCUGGGAAACAGACUUGUAAUGAAUUUCCUACAUCCCAGCCAAAAGCCUCACCCAGUGUCACAAGCUGAAGGCUGCAAAUGUUUCUAAGUCUCCCCCUAGUUUCACCUUUUGCAAAAUGAACAGUUCUUUUUUCCUCAGUGUUAUAAAUCCCCCGGGGAAAUUUCCCCUCAAAAUCUAGUCAGGGAAAGUGCCACAUUUCCACCUUGUAACACAUAAUCAUCAUUUGAAACAGCUUUAAAGCAUGGAAAAACUCCAGUUCUUGGCCAGUCAAAAGAAUUUCUCUGAAGAAAUAUCCCGCAGCUAUUUCUUUUUCCUCCUCCUCUUUCUCUGUCGUUAAGCCUGGGUUAGGUAAGCGGUCACAUCUCACUAAGGGAAGGCAGCGUGUGGGCAUAAAAAACCAUAAACUUCUGAAUUAGGCCUGAAUUUAGAUCCAAGCUUCAUCAUAUGGGAUUUGUGGUACGGGACCUCUCAGCCUUAAUUUUCUUGAGUGAUUUGGGGAAAUGGUACGUACUUCUAAGGGCUUUUAGUUAGGAUUAAGUGAAAUACAAAGUGCUGAGGAUCAGACCCACACAUAAGUACGUACUCAAAACAUAUUCUGUUUUCUACUCCCAAGUCCUUUUCUAAUUAUUCUUCAAAUGGGAUUUUAAAAACUGUGGUUCAGGGCACAGUUCUUACUCAGAAAGCUGCAUGACUGAAUCUGCUUAGAAAAAAAAACAUUUUUUUUUCAUCGUAUCAAGGUAUGAAAGGGCAAAUUGGAUGGUUUGUGAAUUCAGAGACUUAACCAAGUUGCCUCCUUAUCUAAAUAGAACUUGUAUUUUCAUUGUAUUGGUCAAGCUGUUGUCUCCAGAAUCUUCUUAUCCUAUCCCAUAUGUUACCUAGUUCUUGGUUCCAAGCAGUUCAUUCUCUGUACUUCCCUAGGUUUGGUGCGUGCUCUGGGCGUUUUUUCAGUAUUCUACCUUUUUAUAGAGGUAAACCCUCCCUCCUCAUUAGUAAAUCUCUGCCCCGCCAAAAGCAGAUGUAAGUCAUGAUAUGAGAGGAAAAGAAUUUAGAAUACUUAAUUUCAUUUAGUUGUCUGUGCUGAAUGCCUAUAUCAGUAUUAAUAAAGGAUAAUUAAAAGUACUCAUUUCCAUUCCAUCUACUUCCCCCACAUCUGUUCCUCUGUCUCAACGAGGCAAGAAUCAACAGGGUAUGUGAUGCUAUUUUCAACUGCUCUGCAUCAGACUAAAAUUCUGUUAGGUUGGUGCAAAAGUAAUUGCAGUUUAAAAGGUUUAAAACUGCAAAAACUGCAAUUACUUUUGCACCAACAUAAUAAUUAUAGGGCAUAAGUAAAACAGCUAAUACAGUGGUGUUAGCUUUUGAACAGGACCAGUGCUGAAGUAGGCACGUAUAAAUUUUUCUAAUGAGAAAUCUCUGCUUCUAUAGUCUCAGAACUUCUAGCUUAGAAUGCCCCCCUUGCUAUCCUCCAACCCACCCAACCCAAUGCAGAGAUCAUACAGGAACACAUUAACCAGCCAAGCAGCUAUAUAUUUAUGAUCAGCUCUCACAGCGGAGUUGAGAGGGAGUAUUAGGAGAAUUCGAAGUACUGUAUUUUGUUCUAUAAAACAAUUAUACUGUCUCAUGCAUCAUUUCCUUAAAAAAUUAUAAGACUUUACAGCAUUCUGAUGACUCAUUUACAGCAUGGGAAACAUUUCAUGUGUUUGUUCAAUGAAAAUGAUAUGUAGGUAUUUGUGUGUCCGUUCCACUUCAUAACCAGGAAAACAUGCAUGUGAUUUUCUAAACAAACUGUUAUUUUAAACAUGAGUAAAUUUUAGUGUAUGCUUACCAGUUUACUUGGUUUUAUCUUCGGGUACAAAUAGUUUGUGGUACUACUGAAAAUACCUGUAAUAUUAUUACUUUGAUCAGAAUUUGUAAUAUAUAAUCCAG